UGGUUGGGCCUGCCAGGCGCCCAGUCCAACAACCCGUCCGUCUGUGCAUUCGCGGCCGUUCCUCCCCUCCAGUUCUCCGUCGCGCCGCCGCCGCCGCUUUCUUUCAUCCUCCGGCGACUCAUGUCGGCUGCUGUGAUGCCGGCGGCGGCGCCCACUGAGCGCGUCGAAUCCUCCAGCGGGGAGGCAGAGAUCGCGUACGUUAGCUACGGCGGGGAGCAGCACCUCCCGCUGGUGAUGUCGCUGGUGGACGCGGAGCUCAGUGAGCCCUACUCCAUCUUCACCUACCGCUACUUCGUCUACCUCUGGCCCCAGCUCACCUUCCUCGCGUUUGAUGCUAAGGAGGGUAAAUGUGUGGGGACGGUGGUCUGCAAGAUGGGGGAGCACAGGGGAGCCUUCAGGGGGUACAUCGCCAUGCUCGUCGUCCUCAAGGCCUACCGGGGCCGAGGAAUCGCAACUGAGCUGGUUACUAGAUCCAUUCGGGUAAUGAUGGAAUCUGGCUGUGAAGAGGUCACACUUGAAGCAGAGGUUACGAAUAAGGGUGCCCUGGCGCUGUAUGGCCGUCUGGGUUUUAUCCGAGCAAAGAGGCUGUACAGAUACUAUUUAAAUGGUGUGGAUGCUUUUCGCCUCAAGUUACUGUUUCCGCGCCUUGAUCUUGGUCUUCCUCCGAUGAUGAUGGGUGAUGAAAGAGAUGAUCAACUCAUCGACUCCCCUUACUUGUGAUAACAUUCUCUGAUCAGAAUUGGAAUCAGAUGGGAACGGAGCCAUUUCUUGUUUUGUUUAACCUUUUCCUGUCUCUUGCUUUAUAGCUGUUAUUCAUGCCUUAUAGCACCCGAGUCCCAUGCUUUUGCCCACCUUUUAUUCUGGGAGUCUCUUUCUUCUUAGCAACCUGGUAAAUCUUGUCGAUCAUUUUUCUGAAUCUGUGUGUGCCACUGGAGCAACAUGUACAUAGGACAAGGGACAAAAUGAAACACCAAUGAUGGCAGGGGUUCAAUGUGACGAGGGAUGAAUUUUGAGUAAAAUUUGAUUUACUCCGCCCCUCUUAGGGCGGAAAUCCCUUUGCAUAA